AAAAACUCCUCCGUGAUAUGACGCAACAUAGCGGACCAAUAGCAUACCAAGUAGUUGCGACGACAUUUCCUCAACGUUUGUUUGCGGGAAGUUUGGUCAUCGUACUCUGUAACGCGCCGUUAACGUUUUCAACAGAAAGAUGGGCCCCAAAGCCAAGGUGGCAGGGAAGGCAAGAGCUCCAGCUAAAAGGAAAUUGGCCGAGGAGUUCCCAUCUGGAGAAGUCUUGACUGACACUGUAAAAAAGAGCUGGAAACUGGGGGCUCCAAUUGGAAAAGGAGGCUUUGGUCUCAUAUACUUAGCGAAUGAAAAUUCGGCUAAUGCUGUUGGUGCUGAUGCUCGUUAUGUCAUCAAAGUGGAGCCCAGUGAAAAUGGACCUCUGUUCUCAGAGCUUAAGUUUUACAUGAGAGCUGCAAAGCCGGAGCUAAUUCAAAAUUGGAUGAAGUCACGCAAACUGAAAAAUCUGGGAGUCCCAAGGUACUGGGGAUCAGGUCUGCAUGAAAAAGGUGGGAAGAGGUAUAGGUUCAUGGUAAUUGACAGACUUGGCACAGACCUGCAAAAGAAGUUCGAAGAAUGCGGAAAGAAGUUCUCCAGAAAAGUUGUUCUGCAGCUCGGCCUUCGUCUGCUGGAUAUCUUGGAGUACAUCCAUGACCAUGAGUAUGUUCACGCGGACAUUAAAGCAUCCAACCUCAUGUUGAGCCAGGGCGAUCCCAAUCUGGUUUAUUUAGUAGAUUAUGGGCUGGCAUACAGGUUCUCACCUGAUGGUGUCCACAAAGAGUACAAGGAGGACCCCAAAAGGUGCCAUGAUGGAACCAUCGAGCUUACGAGCAUCGAUGCCCAUAAAGGAGCAUCUCCAUGUAGAAGGAGUGAUCUGGAGAUCCUGUGUUACUGUAUGGUUCAGUGGUUGUGUGGCCGACUGCCAUGGGAGGACAAGCUUCAGGACCCCCUCUAUGUAAGAGACUCUAAGAUCAACUGUCAGGAAAACAUCUCCCAGUUUAUGAUCAAGUGCUUCUCCACUCAGAACAAACCAGAUGAAAUCCAGAAAUUCAUGGAAGUGGUUAAAUCUAUUGGAUACCAAGACAGACCACCCUACGAUCGGCUCCGCUCCAUUCUUCAGACUGGACUUAAAAGCAUUCAGAGCAAAGACGAUGGAAAACUGGAGUUCACUCCCGUCAAUGGAACUCUGUCGUCACCUGUCAAGAAGACGACCAGGAAGAGAAAAGCAGAUGAGACAAGUGUGGCAGAUGCUAGUGAAGCAAAGACAAAGAAAGAAGAUGUAAACGGUGCAAAAAGUCCUGCUAAGUCACCUAGAAAAAAGAAAGUGCCGGCAUCCCGCCAGACGAGAGUGGGAACUCUGAGAAGCCCGGGAGCGACCGGCAGACCAAGAGGACGACCAAAGAAAACCCAAGCAUAAACUUUCACUUAUGUUUGAAUUCCUAAACUCUCUGCCUCCUACUGAAGAAAGUUUUUUUUUUUUAGGGUCUGAUAUAUAUUUCUUUUUAGCAGUUCUAAACAUGGAGCUCUUAUUCUGUUCAGUUGAAAUCUGAACCAUUAUAAUAAAGAAUUUAAAUACUUUGUCUUUGACUUAAA